AUGCCUCAGUUACUGCGAAACAUUAACGGGAUCAUCGAGGCCUUUGGGCGCUACGCCAGGACGGAGGGCAGCUGCUCAGUGCUCACUCGCGGAGAGCUGAAAAGACUGUUGGAGCAUGAGUUUGCCGAUGUCAUUGUGAAACCCCACGAUCCAGCCACUGUAGAUGAAGUCCUGCACCUGCUGGAUGAAGAUGACACAGGGACUGUGGAAUUCAAGGAAUUCUUGGUCUUGGUGUUUAAAGUUGCCCAGGCCUGUUUCAAGACACUCAAUGAGAGUUCUGAGGGAGCUUGUGGAUCUCAAGAGGCUGGAAUUUGCCACCCUGGGACCUUGCAAGAGCUGGGGGAGGGGCAGAGAAGUGGCACUGAAGUGGGAAGGGUUGGGAAAAGGCAGCAUCAGGAGGGGAGCAGCUGUGGACAGAGUGAGCAGGCUUCCAGAGGGCAGGGCAGGGCUGGGGCUCAGACCCAGGGUCAGGACAUCAGCUCCACUCAGGUCAGUAGCCAUGGCAGGCAGGCUGAGUCCCAGAGACAGGAGAAUGCAAGCCAGCAGACACAAACCAGGGGGCAUAUGGAGCAGACCCAGAGGGUAAGAGAAGAAAGGAGUUAUCAGACCAGAGAGAGGAGGUCAGAGAGACAGUCACAGGCCAGGGAACAGGACAGAGCCCACCAGACAGGUGAGACCAUGACUGCAACUGGAACUCAAUCACAGGCAGGGUCUCACUCCCAGACCAUGGAGCAGGACAGGAGCCAUCAGACAGGAAACACCAGCUCCCAGACAUGGGAGUCCACCUGUGGCCAGACCAGAGGGCCUGAGACCCACAGUCAAGACAGGAGCCAGACCAGCCAGGUUGUAACAGGUGGACACAUUCAGACACAGGCAGGGUCUCACUCCCAGACCGUGGAGCAGGACAGAAGCCAUCAGACAGGAAACACCAGCUCCCAGACAUGGGAGUCCACCUGUGGCCAGACCAGAGGGCCUGAGACCCACAGUCAAGACAGGAGCCAGACCAGCCAGGUUGUAACAGGUGGACACAUUCAGACACAGGCAGGGUCUCACUCCCAGACCGUGGAGCAGGACAGAAGCCAGACUACAAGCCAUGUAGGGAUUAGAGAACAGGGGCAGACACAGACACAGUCAUGCAGUGGUGAAAGAUGGACACAAGUGAGAAACUACGAGGCAGGAGAGACAGUGCUGGGAGGACAGGCCCAGACUGGGGCAUGCACUGAGACAGGAAGACAGAACUGGAGCAGCACUCAUCCAAGCAGCAGUGUGGCAGGAGGACAGGGAGAGAGGGAGCCCAGGGUGGUUGGCCAGGAGUGGGUUGAUGACCACACAAGGGAGACAGUGAUCCAAAGGCAGGGCCAGGGCAGCCUGCACACCAGAGUUCCUUCCGCACAGGGCCAGGCCACAGCCCAGCCGGAGGGCAAGCGAGCCAUCACAGCUAGGGGGCUGUACUCCUACUUCAAAAGUAACAAGCCAUAA